AUGCUCACACUCACCCCCGGUCUCUCGUUCCUCCUCCGCUCCUCACCGAUCCUUUCCCUUCCUUUCCUCACCGGUGCCCUCCUGGCGCGCCUCGGCCUCCCGCGAUGGUUGAGCCUCAGUGUUGGGCUGCUGACCCUCCCGGCCCUGGUAGCCUUCCUCGUUGUCCGGCGCGACUGGCGCAACCAACGCGCUGCCACCGCGCUUGGCGCUCGACUCAUCCCCGUCGUCCGUGGCCGCUCCAUAGCGAGUAUCGACAUCCUGAAGCAGAUGCGGUACAACCGCAAGUAUGGCUACCCUGCGGACGGCCUACGCGAGGCCAUCGACGAGCUGGGGCCCACAGUUAACUUCAGGGUGUUGUGGAUGGCGACGAAUUUGACAACGGCGCCGGAGCACAUCAAGCUCAUUCUUGCGACCGACUUUAACAACUACGUGAAGGGGGAGAGGUUCCGCUAUGGGAUGCGUGGCGUACUCGGGACCGGUGUCUUCAACUCCGAUGGAGAUAUGUGGAAAUUCCAUCGUCAAAUAACUCGGCCAUUCUUCAGCCGCGACCGCAUCAGCCACUUCGACCUCUUCGACCGCCAUGCAGACGAUGUUGUUUCGCUUUUAAAACGGCGGACUCGAGAGGGGUAUUCGGUAGAUUUCCAGGACCUCAUUGGCCGCUUCACGAUGGACUCCGCCUCCGAAUUCCUCUUUGACUCGUGUAUCCACUCUCUCAAAGCACACAUCCCCUACCCACACAACAUACCUGCCUCUUCCCUCCCGCCCCCACCGAGCGACCCGACGGCACUCGCCGCAACGCGCUUCACCGACGCAUUCACCGAGGCGAUGCUCCGCAUCAGCGAGCGCGAGGUGCUUGGACGCAUUUGGCCCCUUUUCGAAAUAAUGGGGGACAAGACCAAGCCCGCGAUGAAGGUCAUCAGCGAGUACUUGGACCCAGUCAUCGCCGCUGCGGUGGAGAAAAAACGGUUAGGGAAGGUGCAAGACCAGACGGAAGAGGACCGGGAUGGGAUGAGUUUGCUGACAGAGAUGUUGGAGCAGACGGACGAUCCGCAGGUGUUGAAGGAUGAGAUGCUGAAUAUGUUGCUAGCCGGACGCGAUACUACCAUGCAUACUCUCACCGUCUGCGUCUACUUCUUCACAAUGUACCCCGACAUCUAUCGCCGUGCGCGGGAGGAAAUGCUUGCACAAGUAGGGCCCACCCGUCGGCCCACCUACGAGGACAUCAAGGAGAUGAAGUUCCUCCGGGCGGUACUCAACGAGACGAUGCGCCUGUAUCCCUCUGUCCCAUUUAACAUCCGCGAGAACGUCGAGGCAACGACCUGGCCCUCGCCGGACCCAGCUGACCCGCGUCCGCUAUACGUUCCGGCUGGCUCAAAACUCGCUUACUCCGUCUUUAUCAUGCACCGUCGCAAGGACCUCUGGGGAGCCGACGCUGAGGAGUUUGACCCCGAUCGCUUCCUCGACGACCGCGUGAAGAAUACCAUCCUCAAGAACACAUUCCAGUUCCUCCCGUUCAAUGCGGGCCCGCGGAUCUGCCUCGGCCAGCAGUUCGCGUAUAACGAGAUGGCGUUCAUGCUCGUGCGCUUCAUGCAGGCGUUCGCCGCGGUUGCGCUCGACGAGAGCGCGUUUGCGCCCGGUGCGCUGCCCCCGGACGUGUGGAAGUCGUGUGCUGGCCGGAAGGGCAUGGAGCGGUUCCGCCCGAAACUGCAUAUGACGAUGUCAACGCAGGAUGGGCUGUGGAUCAAUGUUACGGAGGCAACCUGA